CCGCAAAAAAACAGCUUUGCUUGAUACACUUUGCAGUCUGCAGGUCACUGUGCUGCCUCCACAUCUGCAACAAACAUGAAUGAUUACAUGGGAACCACUGAGGACUACUGGGCAUUCGACUAUGACAACUACACGUUGUCCCCCGAAACCAGUAAGACUUACGCGGCCCCUUGCCCGCACGAAGACAUCUACGCUUUUGCGCGGAGGUACCUGCCCGUCGUCUACAUCCUGGUCUUUAUCCUGGCCGUGGUGGGCAACGCGCUGGUGCUGUGCGUGAUCCGCCGCUAUCGCAACUCCCGCGGUGGCGGCGCCUGCUCCUUCUCCCUCACCGACACCUUCCUCCUCCACUUGGCCAUCUCCGACCUGCUGCUGGCCUUCACGCUGCCGCUAUUCUCCACGCAGUGGGCCCACCAAUGGGUGUUCGGCGAGGCCGUCUGCAAGAUCUCCGGCGCUCUGUUCUCAUUCAACCGCUACAGCGGCAUUCUUUUCCUGGCCUGCAUCAGUUUCGACCGCUACCUUGCCAUCGUCCACGCCGUCAGCUCCGGCUGGAAGCGUAACACCUGCCAGGCGCAGGUAGCCUGCGCCUUCAUCUGGGUGGGCUGCCUGGGUCUUGGGGGCGUGGACAUUGUCUUCAAGCAGGUGAGCAAGGUGAAAAUCGACGAGGGGCGGGCCCCGCUCCUGUGCCAGGUGUGGUUCACCAACAACGCCGCGCAGUGGCACGCCGGCCUGCAGCUGGUCAGCGUGAGUCUGGGCUUCGGGCUGCCACUCCUCAUCAUGCUUUACUGCUACAUCCGGAUCUUCCGCUCGCUGUGCAACGCAACCCGCCGGCAGAAGCGCAAGUCCCUGCGCCUCAUCGUCUCCCUGGUGUCCGUCUUCGUGCUCUGCUGGGCGCCGUACAACGGCUUCCUUUUGGCCGACAGCCUCCAGAGGCUAGAGGUGGUGGCCGGGGGCUGCCGGUUCGGCCGCGUCGUGGACAUGGGCAAGGUGAUCACCGAGAGCGCCGGGCUGUUGCACUGCGCCCUCAACCCGUUGCUGUACGGUUUCGUGGGGGUGAAAUUCCGCAGGGAGAUGGCGCGCAUGUGCAAGGGGCUGCUGGGACCGAGAGUCGGGCUGGGCGUGGAGGAAUGGAGGGAGAGGAAGCGCAAGACCACCGGCUCCUACAGCUCUGCCGAGAGCGAAAACACCUCCUACUCGGUCAUGGUGGGAAGAUGAUUGAGAAGCUCAUGUUUGUGAAUAGCUUGUCAAAGGUGGGGGGGGGGUGGAAAAGUGCCACUUUUCUACUGCGCAGCACCGACUCCUCUGGCUCUUGACAUCUCCACAUUUUCAAAUGUCUUCCGUUUCAUUAUGAGUACCUAAUGAAAAAAAGUGCACUUUUUUUUUUAAAAACGGCACAUAGGCUAUACAACAUUCUUGAGGGAAAAAAAAGUUACGUAUCCCCCCCCCCCCCCGAAACAUAAUAUAAAAAAUAAUAAUUUGAAUCUGUAAAUAUUUACAGAGAUUUCCGGGAAUAAAGUAUCGGUUUCCGAAAUCAUUGUUGGGAGAAACUGCGAACAUGAUCAGUGUCUUCCCACAUCUCGUCUAAUUCAAGCUAACGUUCGCAAAAUUAUGAUUUCAGAAGUGUGUAUAAAACUAGUAGCCCUUGGCAUUAAUCAUUGCUCAAGAAAUAGCUCUCGCUUUCAAGCGAUAGCACGUGUGAUUUUCCCAUGUUUUUGUAUCUUGUGACAGGAACCCAAACUCACCAGGUACUAGAUAUAGUAACCUGUAGUACCGGGUUUUGUCAAUAAAAAUGAAUAAAUUACGAGUAGAGCCAAGUAAGUAAGUACUGCGCAGUAGAGGUCCGCUCGUAUUUUUACACCCAAUUAAAAAAAUUAUAAAUUACAAGCCCAAAUUAAGUCAAGUCAAGUGUAUUUAUGCUAAGUCGAAUGCCAAAGAAUACAAGUGAGUUUUGAGGAGGGUUUUGAAGAUGGGCAUUAAUUGAGAAAGUGAAAGGGAAAAGGGAAUGUACACUGAAAGAAAAAGUCAGGUGAGGGAUAAAGACUGGAAAAUGUUCUCUGUGUCGGAAUGGUGCUGUCUCAUACAAAAUGUUAUUAAUGAUCAAACGCAAAUGUAUGAAAUUUCAAGGAAAAUACAACUGAACUGUACUCAGUACUUGUUUGGCCACGAAACCAGUUGGUAGUCUGGGAAUAUAAACGCGCUCUUCUCACUGAGCAUGACAACGAAGUGAAAAUGUUGUUUAAAAAAAAAGUUGAAGCAAUUCUGCUGACUUUGUGUCUUUUACUGUAGCUCCAAACAUCCAGCUGCAUGCAUGCGCUUUGUGCCGCGAAAGAAAGGAGAAAAAAAAGAGGAAAUGAUUGCGACUCACAUAUGAUGUUCAAGGUGGCACACGACCAUUAGCAUUGGCUAUGUGCUACGAAUUGUAUUGUAAGAUUUAUUGUUGGUGGAAUGAAGUCAACUGUUUUCUUCUCGUACGCUUCUGCCAAGUGUCUUUUAUCAAGGGAAAAAAAGUACAUUUUUGUACAUUUUAUAUUUGCUGUACAUAUUGUGAAAAUAAAGUUAAAAAUCAAGGGGAAAA